GCUGCAUCAUAUAUAUAUCUCCUCCAAAAAGAGUAUAGACUGCAAAAUCAAUUGCCGUCUAAACCAUGAUCACUCAAAACCUCAUCUUCCUCGCCACUUCAUCUCUCUUCAUUCUCUCACUACUCCAUAAUUUGUUUCAAACCGGUGAAGCAAACUGCACCCCAUCUGCCUGCGGCAUUAUUCGCAACAUCAGCCACCCUUUACGCCUCAAGGGCGAUCCCAGCAACUGCGGUGAUCGCAGAUUUGAGUUAACCUGCGAAAACAAUGUGACCUCCAUCUAUCUUAACUCUCACAAAUACUAUGUCAAAGCAAUCAACUACAGCAACGGCUACGACAACCCCACCAUCAGGCUGGCCGAUGCUUCCAUAAACAAUGACGACCUCUGCUCUUUUCCCACCCUUUCUAUAGAUGCUUACAAUUUCACCUACGAAAAUCCAUAUCCUAUAAAUUACGUAAUUCUGAGUUAUUCUAGUUAUCCAUAUGAUCCCUUGCCUAUUAAUUUUAUAAGCUGCCCAAAUCCGUUGACCAAUUCUUCCCUUUUUACUGAUAUCACUAAUCUUUGUGCCUCUAACUCAUCCAAUCGCAGAUAUGCUUAUAUCAAGGUCGGCCACAUGAAACUCUCAGAGUUACCAUAUAUGUGCUAUGUAGAGGUUAUAGUGAUGACAUCAUGGCAAGAAUUUAAGGAUUUCAACAACGUUUCGCUUUCAGAAAUCCACCAUUCUCUCUUGUAUGGAUUUGAACUCAUGGUUUGCCCCGGGUGUGGAAUACGAAUAUCUACAGAGUCGGUGAAAUUUAUAAAGUUCUUCUUGGAGUUUCUCUUAAUUCUUGCUGUCAUUGUAGGUCUGUUAUGUGCAGUGGCAAGCCCUCCUGUAUUCACCAUCUUUGGAUUUGCCGCUCUAACACUACUCUUAUAUCGUACUACCGGUGUAUAUUUUUUGAGCAUAUAUCUCCGUAAGAAUCCUGAUGUAUCUUCUGUCAGCAAGAUAAUAUAUCUCCCUCUGCGCCAAAAUAUUCCCCUCUUCAUUGGACUGGUAAUAGAUUUCAUCAUCUUGGCGCCAAGGCUUAUUAUUUUUCCAUUGGUGUUGUGGCUUUUGAUCAAAAAAUUUCGGAGAAGGCAUUUGUCUAUAUAUAACAGAAUAGAAAGCUUCUUACGAAGUGACAACAAGCUCUCACCAAUUAGAUAUUCAUAUUCAGACAUUAGGAAAAUGACCAGAGGUUUUCACGAUAAACUUGGUGAGGGUGGCUAUGGUUCUGUUUACAAAGGAAAGCUCCGAAGCGGCCAUGACGUAGCAGUCAAAUUGCUCGGCAAAUCCAGAGGAAAUGGGCAAGACUUUAUGAAUGAAAUUGCUACUAUUGGAAGGAUACACCAUGUGAAUGUGGUGAACCUUGUUGGAUAUUGUGCACAUGGUUCCAAGCGUGCCCUUGUCUAUGAUUUCAUGCCCAACGGUUCCCUUGAAAAGUACAUCUUCAAUCGAGAUAAAAUAACUUCCUUAAAUUGGGAUAGGAAGUUUGAGAUUGCAGUUGGAGUUGCUCGCGGGAUUGAGUACUUGCAUCGAGGGUGUGAUGUUCAGAUCCUCCAUUUCGACAUCAAGCCUCAUAAUAUACUUCUCGAUGAUAGCUUCAUCCCAAAAAUAUCUGAUUUUGGACUAGCGAAAUUUUGCUCUACAGAUAAGAAGGCAGUGACCAUGACAGCUGCAAGAGGAACCAUUGGCUAUGUUGCUCCUGAACUCAUCAGUAGAAGUAUCGGUGCAGUCUCUUACAAGGCUGAUGUAUAUAGUUUCGGGAUGCUGCUUAUGGAAAUGGCGGGAUUAAACAGAGACUUGAGCGGUAACAAUGGUGGUUCCAGUCAGUAUUUUCCAUACUGGAUCUAUGACAGCUUUGAGCAGGGUAAGAAUAUUGAAAUCAUGAAAUUAACAGAUGAAAACGAUGAUAAUGAUGUUACGAGAAAACUUGUUCGGAAGAUGGCAAUAGUUGCAUUAUGGUGCAUACAGAUGAGUCCAAACGAUCGUCCAUCAAUGAAUAAAGUGCUGGAAAUGUUGGAAGCUGAUGUUGAAUGUCUGCACAUUCCUGUCCAUCCGUCACAAUCUACCUAUGUUGCAGUGAAUGUGGAUCAAACUGAAAUUACAUCUUCGACUGAUUCUAUAUCAUUGCAACAUCAUGAUUAUGCUUCGACCAGUGUUGAGAUUGCUCAAGAGUUGCAGAGUUAGCCAUAGUGGAAAAUGGCAUUAUUGAUAUUGUUGUGUGUUUCCUUUGACAAUGUGAUCAAAUGCACUAAUUUCCGCAGUUUCAGAAGUUUUCCCCUGUUAUGAUGUUGAUUUAGGACUACGGUGUUUAUAAGUUUUAGGAUUGUUGGUGUUCUGGGAAAAUAUAUUAAUAAUGCAACUCAUAUUUUUGUUCAA